CACAAUGCACGAUGAUUUCAACACGUGCUUGUUUUUAAUAGCAAGUCACCAGGAAGUUAACAAUAUUACGAUCCUUUUUCACCGCCACCGAAAAACCCUAAACCUCCUCCACAACAUCGAUUGCCGGGAAUCACCGCUGGUCAGUAUGUGACCUAAUCUACUGCUUUGAUUAACUUACAUGGGUUAUAGACCAUUUUUCCUGAUAUUGGCUUCAGGUUUCAGAGGAGAUUUAGGUACAAGAGAUUGUGCGGGUUCAGUAUUUGUUUUCUAGUUUAGUAGAAUUUAUUUAUUUUCUUAGUGUGUGAGUGAAUGUGCCUCCUCCAAAUGGCCUGUAUAAUUGUUUGGUCAUACUGAAAGAAAAGAAAUAAAUAUCCACUAGAUAAUUACUGAGUCCUAUCGAAGGGUUUUCACAAGGUUUUAAGUAGCCAUGGGAGGUGUCUCUUCUUCAAGAACAAACCCUAAUGAUUCUAAUGAAUCCAACUUAUCGCCGAGCUCAUCAAUUCCUGGCAAUUCCCAGAAUCAUAAUUCAUCCACAACCUCAUCAAACCCUCCGCUGCCCUCUUCAGGUUUUUCAGUUGCCACUGAAACCCCUGAAGCAUCAGAUCAAUCAAAGAAACCCACUGAUGCCAAUGGAGAUGAAGGUCAAGAAGUGGAAGAGGAAGAGGAAGGAGAGUGCGGGUUUUGUGUGUACAUGAAGGGAGGUGGGUGCAAAGAUGCUUUCAUAGCAUGGGAGGAUUGCGUUAAAGAGGCAGAAGAUAGCAAUGAGGAUAUUGUGGAGAAGUGCCAUGAGGUUACUCGGUUCUUGACAAAAUGUAUGGAAGCUCAUGCCGAUUAUUACGAGCCAAUUUUACAGGCAGAGAAGGCUGUCAAAGAAGAAGCUGUGAAUGAGUUGAAGGAAAAGGCAGCGAAAGAAUCAGAAUCAAAUGUGGCUGAAAAGGAAGCGGUGAUAGUUGUGGAUUGAUGGAUUGAGAAGCAAUGAAGGGCUCUGGUGACCAUAAAUAAACAACUGAUUAGGUGAUUGUUGAUUUUUUCCAUUUCUGCCAGAAAGGAGAUGCUUGCAUUGAUGUGCUUCUUUUGGUGCCAAUUUUUUUAAGAAAAAGAAGGCAAUAAAGAAUUGUGGAAAUUAAGAUUUAGUUUUGAUGUGAGCAAAUUGAAAAUGUUAAAAGAUAGUUAGUGUCACGGAUUUUACUUCCAUUAGCAUUAUAUAUUUCUAUUUUCUUGCCUUUUGGGUCA